AUGGCAGAAGUAUUCGUUUCUGGAAUCAUCGCCUCGGCGAGAGGCUUCGGCGAUAAUCGAUUAUCGAUUAGGUAUCAAUUGAGUGUGGGCGGUGGUUGGAGAAUCGUCCAAGGAGAAGGCGAGGGACAAACUCAGACGGACUGCCCGUCGGUGUUCGAAAAUGCCUAUUUUGGGCAUCCAAUCGAUUUGCAUUUGGCUACGAGCAGUAUUCAGGGUUGGCCCCGCCUCCUGAUCCAAAUCUGGCACCACGACAAUUACGGGAGGCAGGAGAUUGCGGGUUACGGUACUUUGCUCCUGCCAACGUCUCCAGGAAAACAUGUAUUGACUUCUGGAUGUUGGCGUCCGAAAGGAAGUUGGAGAGAGGAAAUGAUGCAUAAAUUGGUUGGCGGUGGGCUUCAGCUAACCAGUCUGAGUGCCCUUGAGGAUCCAACAAUUCGUGAGAAGAUAAUCAGUGUGUCUGCUGGAACUGUCCGUUUCGAGCUCAACAUAAUUACCAAGAAUUUCUCGAGAUAUGGAAUUUUGAGCUAA